AUGAUGAAACAAGUCAAUCUUACUUUAAUCAUAAUGAUGAUAAAGAUUUUGAUUAUAAAUACUGCACGUAUACCAAUCGCAGGCUAUUUCAAUCCAUUUAUCGAUAAACAUCAAUCUCAAAUCGAUGAUUAUAUUCCUAAAAACGAAUCACAUGUAGAGGUCAAUAUGCCUUCUCUUGAUUCAAUUCAUGAUCAUGUUCAUCAUUCGUUGGAGACAAAUGAAACAAUUUCUAUGACAAAUGAAACACGAUUAGAAAAAGUCGGUCCAUCAUUAGAUCUUAUUGAUUCACAUCCACAUUCACAUUCACAUAAUGAUAAUAAAUCAUCUAUUAUUGAAGCUGCAAAACGUUUAUUAAUACAACCAUCAAUUGAUUUUCUUGAUGCACAAUUACAUGGUGGUAAUAAACAUAGUCAUAAUAAAAAUGAAACUGAUAAAGAAGCAGCUGAUUUAAAUGAUUAUUAUCGUUGGUUAAAAGAACAAAAUGAAACAAAUCAAUUAAAUCGUUUUUUAUUAUUACAAAAAGAAGUUAAUAAAUUUAAUUUUAUUGAUACACAAAAUUUACAUGAUAAACUUAAUCGAACAAUUCAAGAAUUACAAUCAACUGUUAAAACAAUAAAACGAUCAAAGCAUGACUUAUAG